GUAAAAUACUUUUUAGUACUUGCCUCAAGGCCCUCAACCCCCGAGAAUAUGGAGAUUUAGGCCCAUACCCCUGUCAACCACCACUUUAGGGUUUCUUGCCCAGAUCUGAUCUUCAACCAAAACUCAACACCAAUUGCCCAAUUUCUCAAAAAUCUUUCACCGUUUCUUCCCAUUGACCUGAAUCGAAUUUUAGCGAAAUUGCCAAAUUUCAUACAUUUUUUUAAUUAUUGUCAUUGAAGUUGCGGAAAGGGGUUAAUUAAAGGGCCAAUUGUGAGCUGCCAAUGCAAUUUGUUUCACUGAAACUGCUAGAUUUUUCGGUGGGUAUUUGGAGAAUUCCGAAAAGAUUGAAGCUUUGUUUUGGGGUCAUCGAUGGCUUGGGCGGGCCCGGAAGAUAUCUACCUCUCCACUUCUCUUGCUAGUUAUCUUGAUAAAAAACUUCUUGUAUUACUCCGAGAUGGCCGGAAACUACUGGGGAUACUUCGUUCCUUUGAUCAAUUUGCUAAUGCUGUUCUAGAAGGUGCAUGUGAGCGUGUUAUUGUUGGUGAUCUGUAUUGCGACAUACCAUUAGGUUUGUAUGUAAUCCGUGGGGAAAAUGUUGUCUUGAUUGGGGAGCUGGACUUGGAGAAGGAGGAGCUCCCAUCUCAUAUGACUCGUGUUGAAGUAGCAGAGAUAAAGAGGGCACAAAAGGUCGAAAAGGAGGCUUCGGAGCUCAAGGGCACAAUGAAAAAGAGAAUGGAUUUUCUCGACAUGGAUUGACGAUUUACAUGUCCAUUUGUGGGCGGGAAAAUCCAAAUUCUUAUUUGUUUGCUUUCGAUGACUUGCCUGAAAAAUAUUAACGUGAAAGAAGAAUUGUCGGAAACCUACUCGUAUGGGACCUGUAGUUUUUAUUACCGGUCUCAAGAAUCUCAUGUAACAUUCACCAAAAACUUAGUACUACAAUUAGAUUGGUUUUUCUACUCUUUCUUGUAGUGAUCUUUGUGCCUAUUUCUCCAUCUUCUUGCUGAUCUGGCUAAACAAGUGGAACUAUUUUGAUGUCUAGUGUUUUGGUGUUUCAUUUUUUAGAAGUUUUUGGUAAUUUUCACGUGGGAAUGUUCUUUUAAUUUUUAAAACUAAAUUUGAAAUGUUGAAAAGAAG